AUGUCCACCUCCGUCCAACACUCGAUGGGGCGGCUGCGCACCAAGAUGCUGCGCGCCGCCAAGACGUUCCCGGACUACAACUUCCGCAGCUACUUCCUGCAGCAUGUGCGCGACCAAUUCACCGCGAUGGAGCGGUGGAGCGUCGACGAGCAGCGCCGCUUCCUGCAGCAGGAGGGCCGCAACAAACUCAACGAGAUGCGCCGCAUGGCGCUCGUAAACCGGCUCUACGCGACGCGUCCGGUCGUCCUCGACAAACGCGCUGUGCCGCACAAAACCGGCAGCGCCGGUACGAAGGAGUAG